AUGGCCUACCCAUUAGAAGGACAUGAAGUGAUCCUGGUGGUAGUACACCAGCUAAGCAAGUACGCCCACUUCAUCCCUCUGUAUCACCCUUAUACAACCAAGUUGGUGGCUAAGGCCUUUGUCAAUAACAUUGUCAAGCUGCAUGGAUUUCCAAGGACAAUAGUGUCAGAUCGGGAUAGGGUCUUUAUGAGUUCAUUUUGGAGGCAGCUCUUUGAAUUGCAAGGCAGCCAGCUUAAGAGGAGUUCCUCCUAUCACCCACAAACGGAUGGCCAAUCCGAAGUGGUCAAUAGAACAUUGGAACAAUAUUUGAGAUGCUUCAGUGAUGAGGAGCUACCACCACUCUUGGUUAGCUAUGAAAGGGGCUUAACCAGUAACAAUGAAGUGGAGAAGGAGUUGAUCAAUAGGGACGAAGUACUGGCCAAAGUUAAAAGAGAGCUCAAGAAGGCCCAAAGUCGAAUGAAGAAGUACCAUGAUCAGGGAAGAGUGUUGGAGAAACUUGGCAGUGUGGCAUAUAAGCUUCAGCUUCCACCAACUUCACAGUUGCCCCUAGUAUUCCACGUUUCCUUACUCAAGAAUAAAGUAGGUGAUCCAAGUCUCAUUGGUGAGGAGUUACCCACAGUGGAUCAAGAAGGAAGGAUCCUCAUGAAACCCAAAGAAGUGCUUGGAUGA